GCAGCGGCUCCUCGCGCCUAAGAUGCAGUGGAUCCCGGUGCUGCUCGCCGGACUCACUCUGUACGGGACCCUGCCGCCGCAGCGCUGCCACGACUAUGAGGACUCGUACGAUUAUUAUGAGGAGGAGAGGACGGAGGAAAUUGACUACAAAGACCCCUGCAAAGCCGCUGUGUUUUGGGGAGAUAUUGCCUUAGAUGAAGAAGAUCUGAAAAUGUUUCAGAUUGAUAAAACAAUAGACCUAACACAACAAACCCACGAAAGACAAGGACACACAUCAGGUGGUUUAGGUGAGCACAACUUAGCAGAGAAGAAAGGAUCACUCUAUUUGCUUUUAGAGAGGAUACGAAGAUUGAGUUUAGACAAUGGGCAGAAAAUUUUGACUAAGGACAAGCCGAGUGUGAUGUCCUCAGUGAAGACAGUGAAAAGCAGGGCACCUCGAGCUGCUACAUCAAGAGCAGAGAGAAUAUGGCCUGGAGGGGUCAUUCCGUAUGUGAUUGGAGGCAAUUUUACUGGCAGCCAACGAGCCAUGUUCAAGCAAGCCAUGAGGCACUGGGAGAAGCAGACAUGUGUUACUUUCAUCGAGAAGACUGACGAGGAGAGCUACAUCAUCUUCACAUAUAGGCCUUGCGGGUGCUGUUCAUAUGUGGGCCGGCGUGGAAAUGGACCUCAGGCCAUCUCCAUUGGCAAGAACUGCGACAAGUUCGGCAUCGUGGUGCACGAGCUGGGUCACGUGAUUGGUUUCUGGCACGAGCACACACGUCCUGACAGGGAUGAUCACGUGACCAUCAUCAGAGACAACAUUCAGCCAGGUCAGGAAUACAACUUCCUGAAAAUGGAGCCAGGGGAGGUGAACUCCCUCGGGGAGCCGUACGACUUUGACAGCAUAAUGCACUACGCCAGGAACACCUUCUCAAGGGGCAUGUUUUUGGACACCAUUCUCCCAUCCCGUGACGAGAACGGCGUACGGCCUGCUAUCGGCCAACGGACGAGGCUCAGCAAAGGAGACAUCGCACAGGCAAGGAAGCUCUACAGGUGUCCAGCUUGUGGGGAGACAUUGCAGGAAUCCACUGGAAAUUUUUCAUCUCCUGGAUACCCCAAUGGUUACCCAUCCUACACACACUGCAUCUGGAGAGUGUCAGUAACACCUGGAGAAAAGAUUGUUCUGAAUUUCACAACGAUGGACCUUUAUAAAAGUAGCUUGUGUUGGUAUGACUACAUUGAAGUCCGCGAUGGAUACUGGAGGAAAGCACCGCUACUCGGCAGGUUCUGCGGGGACAAGGUGCCAGAACUCCUUGUGUCCACUGAGAGCCGCAUGUGGAUCGAGUUUCGCAGCAGCAGUAACUGGGUGGGCAAAGGAUUUGCCGCUGUUUAUGAAGCCAUCUGUGGGGGUGAGAUCAAGAAAGAUGCAGGUCAGAUUCAAUCCCCCAACUACCCAGAUGACUACCGACCAGCAAAGGAGUGUGUUUGGAAGAUAACCGUUUCAGAGAACUACAACGUGGGAUUAAGCUUUCAGGCUUUCGAGAUCGAAAGACAUGACAGCUGCGCUUAUGACUACUUGGAGGUUCGAGACGGAAACAUGGAGAGCAGCCCCCUGAUUGGACGUUUCUGUGGAUAUGAUAAACCAGAAGACAUCCGGUCUACAUCAAAUAACUUGUGGAUGAAAUUUGUUUCUGAUGGGACAGUCAACAAAGCUGGAUUUGCAGCCAACUUUUUGAAAGAGGAAGACGAAUGUGCCAAACCAGACAAUGGGGGGUGCGAGCAGCGAUGCGUGAACACGCUAGGUAGCUUCAAGUGCGCCUGUGAUCCAGGCUAUGAGCUCGCACCUGACAAGAAGAGCUGUGAAGCUGCCUGCGGAGGCCUCUUGUCCAAGCUGAAUGGGACCAUCACCACACCUGGCUGGCCCAAGGAGUAUCCCCCUAAUAAGAACUGUGUGUGGCAGUUGGUGGCCCCAACGCAGUACCGAAUCUCCGUGCAGUUUGAAUUCUUUGAACUGGAAGGGAAUGAAGUAUGCAAAUACGACUACGUGGAAGUUCGUAGUGGCCUCUCCUCCGACUCCAAGCUACAUGGGAAAUACUGCGGGACGGAAGUGCCCGAGGUCAUCACGUCGCAGUACAACAACAUGAGGAUUGAGUUUAAGUCUGAUAACACCGUGUCCAAGAAGGGCUUCAAGGCCCACUUCUUCUCAGACAAGGACGAGUGCUCCAAGGACAAUGGAGGCUGUCAGCACGAGUGCAUCAACACCGUCGGCAGCUACGUGUGCCAGUGCCGCCAUGGGUUCGUCCUGCACGAGAACAAGCAUGACUGCAAGGAAGCGGAAUGCGAGCACAAGGUUCACAGCUCCAGCGGGACCAUCAGUAGCCCCAACUGGCCUGACAAGUACCCCAGCCGGAAGGAGUGCACAUGGGACAUCACGGCAACCCCGGGGCAUCGUGUCAAGAUCACCUUUAAUGAGUUUGAGAUCGAGCAGCACCAGGAGUGUGCCUACGACCACCUGGAGGCCUUUGACGGCGACAGCGACAAGUCCUCCAUCCUCGGGCGCCUCUGCGGCAGCAAGCUUCCCGAACCGCUCGUUUCCACGGGCAACCGCAUGUACCUCCGCUUCAUCUCAGAUGCCUCGGUGCAGCGGAAGGGUUUCCAGGCCACACACUCCACAGAAUGUGGCGGCAGGUUGCGGGCCGAAGCCAGGCAGAAGAACCUCUACUCACACUCCCAGUUUGGGGACAACAACUAUCCUGGACACACCGACUGCAAGUGGAUGAUCACUGCGGAGAAGGGCUACGGGAUUGAGCUCACCUUCACCACAUUUGAGGUCGAAGAGGAGGCCGACUGCGGCUACGACUACAUCGAGCUGUUUGACGGCUACGACACAACGGCGCAGAGGCUGGGCCGCUUCUGCGGGUCCGGGCCCCGAGAGGAAAUCUACUCGGCGGGUGACACGAUGCUGCUGCACUUCCACAGCGAUGACACCAUCAGCAAGAAGGGCUUCCAUAUACGAUACACCAGCACCAAAUUCCAAGAGGGCCUUCACACCAAAAAGUAGAACGGAAGAAUCGGAAACCUCAACGCUGUCGACGACGUGGUUGCACACAGACACAAGCUGAACAAAACCUUCACGGAAAAGAAAGGAAACCAAAACGAAACUGUUGUGUCCUUUAUAGGAGAAACUAAAUGUGACCCACAGAUAGGCAGAAGUGACCCGCGGACGCGGUCAGCCAGCCGCCGAACAGGGACGGACGCGUGACGAGAUUCUCUGGCUGACGUCCGGGGGUUCCAGAAAACAGAAUGGACUAUUAAAAGGACCGUGCCGCUUGGCCGGGCGCCUUGUCCGCAACUUUACUGUAGCACAUUGGCUCACGAGGAGAUGAGACAAAUGGAGCCGGAAGAAGGAAUCGCAGCGCACGGACGAGCAAUGAAGGCGAUAUUACAUUUACGAUCAUACAAAGAUAAGUCCUGCUGGACUUCA